AUGUCUCCCCCCGAGCCCUUCACGGUCAUCACCCGGGUGCCCAUCCCGGCGCGCCUGUCUCCCUCAGCCGUGCUAGCAGCGCUGCAUGCCUACGAGCCGCUCAUCAAAGCCAACCCGUACCUAGACCGGUACGAGCGGCGGCACGUCACGGCCGACGACGUGGCCGGCGACAGCCUCUUCUUCUCCCCCGACCACUACCUGGAGAACGAUGACAACGGCGGCCACGGCGCCGCCAACCCAAACCACCACCCGGAGGACCCGAACCUGCAGGGCUUUGUGGUCUACGACCGCGUGCCCAUCAUCCCCGGGCUGGGGUCGUGGGCGUCCAAGGAGGUGGCGGUGCCGUGCAUCUUCCAGCGGUCUGCGCACGGCGUGCGGUGCCGCGCCGACGCCGUGGGCGGCGUGACGGUGCGCAGCCGCUACGAGGUCCGGCGGCGCGGCGAGAUUGCCGAUGCCGACGACGGCGGACACCCGGUGGCCCACGACGGUGAUGGUGAUGGUGAUGAUGAUGGUGGGGCUUAUGAAUUGGUGGACAUCUCGUCCAUCGAGUGUGGUGCGCUCGUGAGGCCGUUUGUCAAGCUCCGCUUCUCGAGCGGGCACCAGGAGAUCCUUCGGCGGGUGGUGGACGAGGUGAUGCAUGCUCAGGCUGCUGCUGCUGCUGGGCCGCAGUCUGGGCGUUGA